AUGUCGCCGCCAUUCGAUGCCUCGACUUCAAAGUCGUCGGGACCGACGCCGACGUCGGACACGAAGGCUCGCGGAGCAAAUCGCUCAACAAAAGUGGCGGGAAAACUAAAAGUACUUCCUGAACAACCCGAACCCGAAGUCCUUUUACCCCCAACCCGCUUAGUUGUUCCACCCAAAAGGCGUGUUGUUGAGGACGCGACUGGGGCCACUGGAGAUAGCGAGGACGCAGACGCGGAUGAGGAAGACGAUGAAGAGGAACUAGAAGAGGAACCGGAGGAGAUUGAGGUCUACAAUCAAAUAUCCCUUAUACCCGACGGUACCGCAAAAAGGGAUGCCUUAAAAUUGACGAAGAAGAAAGCUAAAUCACUGCCCAGAGUGACUGCCUAUGCUACUGCGAGUUCAUACCGACUUGAGGAACUUAUGAAAUUCUUCAAUGCCCGAAGAAACGCAUACCAAACCGACGCCAAGUUGAUAGAUGAAGUCCUAUAUACGCCAUAUGUCUACGAACCGCUGUCACAAACCGAUACGCGCCAGUCUAAACAUAAGACUGACGACAGCACCGGGGACCUGCUGGGUGUACCGGAAUUGCUUCCAACUGACGACAGUGGCGCAACUCCCCGUCCAAUCAAGAAGAAGAGCAAAUUCAAUAUCACAGCGUCUCAGGCGGAGAUAUUCCUCUUUAGUUACGGUACUGUUGUCAUAUGGGGCAUGACGGAGGUCCAAGAAAAGCGUUUCCUUGCAUCAAUAAAACGCUUCGAAGUAGAAAAACUAGCUCCCGACGAUGUUGAAAUGGAAGACCUCAAUUAUUAUUACGCAAAUUAUAGUAGGAUCUACAACGACGUCAUUACGCUCCGCAAGGGUUCGAGCUAUAUGACGAAGCUUUCAUUAUCGCACGCACUCUCACAAUCCGUCAAGAUCUCCUUGUUUGAAGAUCUAAUAUCCUCAACAAUAGAGGAAACGAAGGAUAUUCCAGAAAUGAUAAGUGAGACAGGGAAGAUAGGGAUGCCACACAAAGACAUCAUGCAGAAGAUUGGGCAACUCUUUCUCUUGCGGACAAACAUUAACUCCGUCGGUUCAGUGCUCGAUUCACCCGAAGUGUUCUGGAGUUAUCCCGACUUACAACCACUAUAUGAUGCGGCGCGAAGUUAUCUCGAGAUUCCGCAGCGAUUGAACCUCCUUAAUACUCGAGUGGAGGUUCUUCAAGAUAUGCUUCAGCUUCUGAAAGAGUCCGUUUCCAGUAGGCACGCCGAACGCCUGGAACAGAUCGUGAUCGCUCUCAUUGGAAUCGAAAUUGUUUUGGGGAUCAUCACUAUCCUUGUGGACCUUAUGGCGUGA